AUGCCGUUGCUGUCGGAAUGGACAGAGGAGAAGAACGCAUGCAUCGACUGGGCGAAUCCAGAAGAGGUAUUGUGUAAUGGUUUUACGUUCCUUCAGUUAUUGGCCGCUCAUCCAAGACUGCGCCAGCACUACGAGGCGGUCGACAAGCAGAGUGAGCGCUACGCUGUAAAAGACAUUUUUCUUUUUGGGUCUGCCGCAGAGAAGAUGACGUGGCUGACGCGGUGGCACGAACAGAGCUUGUUCUACCUGCGUCUAGAACGCUGGUGCCGCUUCUGUGGUGAAAAGGGCCACACCCGCCUGCGCUGUUCACAGCGUCUCUGUUCCGCAUCAGCCUCUGCGUCUGAUGACCCAGCGUCCGUGACUGCUACUAACGGCAAAGAUCCGGUAGCGCUGUCUGCCGCGCCAUCAUCGGAUGUAACGCGACCGUCAGUGCUGAAAAAACACCGUGAGCACCUGCAACGUGUGGAGCAGCGCCGCAUCCUUGAAGAGAAGCAGAAGCCGCGGACGGAAGCGGGGGCGGUGCGGCGAAGCGGAGCGGCAGCCGCUCGUGCUUCCACCGCUGUCGCGACGACCCUUUUCACAGCGGACGAGCGCCGCCGCGGGGUGGUGUGCCGUCUUGAUGAAGCUAACAACAUCGGCUUCGUUACAGUCGCUGGCAUGGGCGAACUCAAGUUUUUUGUCGACCGUGUCGACGUCGGGGUCAAGACGGUCACCGUUGGUGACAACGUCACCUUCAAGCUGGACCCCAGCCGCGACUAUCCUAUCGCCGUCGACGUGCGCCACGAGCGGCCAGUGAUCACGCUGGAGGAUGUCCGGAAGUUUCUUCAUCGCUGCCGUGCUGCCUGCCACCCCAUUAAGGUGAUGGCUACCCUCCUCAUGCACGCACAUGAGUGGUUCGUGCUGCUACGCUGGCUACACGUGCUACGCGAGCAGGACGCAGCGUUGUACGUGGAGGCGGUGCAUACGCUGAUCGAGCUGACAACCUUUGUCGGAAACCGCGAACCGAUUCAUGUCCCGGUCCUCAGCGCCUUCUUGGUACUUCUGUGUACUACUCCACCGAGCAUGCCAAGAGCCGCCGCGGCGACCGCACCAGGGGGCAGCACCACCACCUUCCCUCUUGCUACAUCCACGGCAGCGACUGCGACCGCUGCGGUGCCACCGCUACAGCUGCCUCCUUUCUACCCCGACAUGGUACGGGAUGCUCUGGAACUGCAUACUGCCACGCAAAAACCCAGUGCUCCGGCGGCUGCGGCGGCGACAGCCGAGGUCCGGUUGGCUGAGGACAGGUGGGUGGAAGUGGCAGAGUUCGUGAUUCUCGUGCGCUACUACAGCCCACUGUCCGGUGCAGGCAGCACCGCACAAAAUGGCACUAAUGAGACCUCCGCAAUGGGCUUGGAAGCCAGUGUCGACCGCGAAGCAGUGGUGGUACGGCAGCUCCAGGCCUUCUUUGCCGAGCGACUCACGCGAGCUAGUGGAGCAGCCCUGCGCCGACUGCAGCUUGCCCAGAUGCGUCUUGCACAGGAGGUUCGGUCUCCAGCAGCGUCGGGAACUCGGGAAAUCACCACUGGCGCUGCUGUGUUCGGCAGCGCCUUGCCGGGGGUUGCCCUAAUCCCCACAGCGGAAGAGUUCUCCGUUCCCCCGCCGAGCCCGGCUUCCAUCUUUGCGCCCGCGAACUUGCCUGUGAACGGGGCCACCACGUACACCGACACGCAUGCAUUCAUUCAUGACCAGUGCAAGCUUCUGAGGGCGGACACCUUUGAGUAUGUCAGUCGGGUGCUGCCAGCGGUUUGCUACUCCCUGCCAUCUUACACGCCGACUCAGGAAACAAUGUCUGAUGUGCAGCACGCUCGUGUCUACUCACGAGUCCGCUGCCUCGGCAAGGUGAUGACCAGCGACCACGACUACAGCCACCCCGAGAGCUACCUACUGGAAGUGCACCCACACAGCCCGAGGGCGAACCUGCGAGCACAACUGCAUGAGGGCACUACCUUGUGCAUCUCCACAGCUCUUGAUGCCACCGCCAUGGACAACAAGGAGCUUUUCUGGGGUGUGGUGUCCUCCUGCGACGCCGUGUUCAUGGGCGUCGGGGUCAUUGCAGUCUCCCCGUGCGAAGCCAGUCCAUCCUUCGAGCUCAUGCGCGCUGCCCUUGACCGCAACGCCGCCCUUGGUCGGCUUGAUCGCUCCUUCCUGCUGGAAACUCCUAUUUUCAUGGCGGGAUACGAGAGCAUCAUGCGCGCGCUCGAGGCUUUCUGUGGCCCGCUCGCGAUGCCACUUCCAAUGGUGCGUCAACUGGUCGGUCCGCAGGCCGCUGCAUCGGGCGAUGACGGGCAUCAGCUGGUGGAGUACAUCCCGCCCCACUGUGCGGUGACGUUCCAGGAGCUCACCGAUGAGAUCCGCAGCCAGUUCGUACUCGAUGAGGGGCAAAAGGCGGUCAUGCGACAGCUUCCGGUCUCGAAGAUGAUUCUUGUGCAGGGCCCACCAGGCACCGGCAAGUCCUUCAUCGGGUGCCGUGUGGUGGAGGCGUACGUGCGGUACAAGCAACUCGUUGCGUCAGGCGACAUCCUGCAGAAGGUCAGCAUCGACAUGCUCCGCUCGACCCGGCUGGAGGACCUGCUGCCGCAGGUCGGCCCCAUGGUCGUUAUCACGUACAAGAACCAUGCCCUCGAUGAGUUCCUUCUGGACUUGCUUGACUGUGGGCUGUGGGAGAUGAACCGCCCCCGCGUUGGGCAGCAGCUGGCCACUCGAAUGUCCACUGCGGCGGCGGGGCUCUCGCCGUCGUCCAGCGCCAGCGCAUUUCCAGGUGGCAAGCGGCUGGUACGCAUUGGUGGUCGCUCGCGCGAGGCCCGACUCGACGGGUACAACCUUGGCGCUCUCCUGCACAGCAGCAUGGACCGCGCCGCCAUCAACAGCCUCAAGGACCGCCUCUUCGUGCUAAAUCAGCGGCUGGAGCGGCUGACCAAGGAAAUCCACUACCUGGAGAGCGGCAGGGUGCCGCGGGUGUACUUUGAGCGGUGGCUGACAGCGGAGCAGCGCCGACACAUCACAUUCGACGAUCGAGAGUCGUGGCUGGCAGGGGAGAAGUACAUUGGUGCCCUCGAUGAGGCAGAGGACAUGGUGUCCCCUACACACUACCAGUCCCUGCUGCAGACGCGCAUGGCGGAACUGCUCGGUGCACAGCGAAGUCAGGGAUCGUCGCUGCAGGCGAAUUCGACCGCAAAGGCGUCGCCGCCAACAGGAGCCACAGUAGCGGAAAGGGGAGAAGAAGAGGAGGAAGAGGACGUAUCCUUGAGUGUCUUUCAAGAGAUGCGACGUGAGGAGGAGCGGCGCGAGCUUAAUAAUCAGUUGCACCAGGCGUAUCUCUCCGCCGAGUCGCUACUUCUUGCUAGCCAACCGCCGUCGAGGCCGGUAGGGGUGCCGGAGGAGCUCCUCUCUCUCUGGAGCUUGACACCACGGCUACGGCACGAGUAUUUCGCCUACCUUAUCGCGAGCUGCAUCGCUGUCAAGGCGCGUGACUGCCUGACAAUUAUGGAGACGAUGAAGAGUGUCAUCCGGGUGCGCCGGCAUGCCAUGGAUGAGCUGAAGCUGUCUCUUCUGCAAGGUGCGGAUGUGGUGGGGCUGACGACGACGGGGUGCGCAAUGAAUCAGAACUUGCUGCGCUCGCUGCGUCCAAGCGUGCUGGUGGUGGAGGAGGCGGCCGAAGUGCUCGAGUCUCAGAUGUUGGCCUGCAUGACGGAUUCCUUGAAGCAGAUCAUUCUCAUUGGCGAUCACUACCAGCUUCAGCCCAAGGUAGACACCUUCCAGUACGAGAAGACAAACCGCUUGAACCUCUCCUUGUUUGAGCGACUGGCACAGAAGACGCAACCGAUCCGACUGACGGAGCAGCGCCGCAUGCACCCAGAAAUCUCUCGGCUUAUUCGUCCCUUCUACUCGCCGCAACCCCUCGUUGAUCACGCGUCAGUGCUAACACGGCCGUUUCCCUCCGCGUCGGGAGUGGCCGCGGUAGAUCGGGUGCCGGGGCUCGCCAUGCGCGUGUUUUUCUGGCGUCAUUGCCACCCCGAGGAGGAGGCUCCCGGCAGCCGCAGUAAGGUGAACACGCGUGAAAUUCGUAUGGUGCAGCAGGUCGUCACCCACCUCGUCUCGCAGGGCGUGCUGCAGAAGUCCAUCACCGUUGUGACGCCCUAUCUUGGUCAACGCCGAAUGCUGCGCGGCGUCCUGCGGCUGCGCUCAUUGGCGGACGUCCAGGUCAGCACCGUCGACCUUUACCAAGGCGACGAGAAUGACAUUAUCAUCCUUUCUCUGGUGCGAACCGAGAAGCUGACGGACUUCAUUCGGACGCGCAACCGCUUGAUCGUCUCGUGCUCGCGUGCCCGCUUCGCCAUGGUGAUGAUCGGAAACGACGAGCUAUUGCGCCAGUGUCGGCACUGGGAACGGGUACUAGGCCAGCUAGAGUCCGAACAACGCAUCGGGGAGAGCCUUCCCAUAACCUACCGUGACCGGCCGUCACAGGUGGAGCACAUGACGGUGGUGGAGUCCGUGUCGGCGGCGGCGCUGGAGGCGGAGUUGACGGCGCAGCAGCAGCAGAGACGCAAAACAGAUCAGCGCUGUCAACCCGCCGCAGUGGGCAGCGCCGCCCCUGAAAGUGGCGAAGGAGAUGAUUAA